AUGAAUAUGUAUAAGCCAAUACGAAGUCCGUAUAUGAUUUAUAUCAUAUUAAUAGUAUUUUUGAAUAUUGUGAAACCAGGCAAAACACAUGACUUUGAACAGAAUUGUCGUGCUAACGGUGAAAUUAUUAUACAACGUCGCAUAGAUGGUUCGGAGAACUUUUACCGGCUAUGGGAUUAUAAACAUGGAUUUGGCAAUCAAAGUGGAGAAUUUUUCAUUGGCCUAGAACGUCUGCAUAAACUCACCAAUAGUCGACCCUAUGAAUUGUUGGUGGUCCUGGAGGAUUUCGAAAAUGAUCGUCGCUAUGCUAAAUAUGAUAAUUUUGUAGUGGCCAGUGAAAAGGAAAAAUAUAAACUUCAAAAUUUGGGAAGAUACAGUGGUACAGCUGGUGAUGCACUAACAUUUCAGUUGGGCUAUAAGUUCACCACCAUGGAUCGAGACCACGAUAUAGACCCUAACAACAAUUGUGCCCAAUUAUAUACAGGUGCUUGGUGGUAUAAAGCCUGCCAUGAAAGUAAUUUGAAUGGCAAAUAUUUAAAGGGUCCUACUACAAUUUUUGCUAAAGGAGUUGUCUGGUAUUGGUUUAGAGGUUAUAAUUAUUCGUUGAAAUUUGUUGAGAUGUCAAUAAUUCCGAAAUAA